AGUAUUUGGUAUCCAUGGGGAUCCAGUAACUCCUCUGCCAUAGUACAUAUUUGAUAAACUAUAGUCUGGUCGAGCUUGCACUCCAGCUUCACGUUCAGUGUGGUUCAGACGCGCGGAGCUUCUCAGCGUUUUACUCAAAGUUUGUUUUUUGUCAGUUGGUGAGACCACCCCAACAACACAGCAGUCAUGGACGCCAUCAAGAAGAAGAUGCAGAUGCUUAAACUCGACAAGGAGAAUGCCCUGGAUAGAGCUGAGGGAGCUGAGGGAGACAAGAAGGCAGCGGAGGACAAGAGCAAACAGCUUGAGGAUGACCUGGUAGCGCUGCAGAAGAAGCUGAAGGGAACAGAGGAUGAGUUGGACAAGUACUCUGGGUCUCUUAAGGAUGCCCAGGAGAAACUUGAACUCGCUGAGAAGAAAGCCACAGACGCCGAGGCUGAUGUAGCUUCCCUGAACAGACGUAUCCAACUGGUUGAGGAGGAGUUGGAUCGUGCUCAGGAGCGUCUGGCCACAGCUCUGACCAAGCUGGAGGAGGCUGAGAAGGCUGCUGAUGAGAGUGAGAGAGGCAUGAAGGUGAUUGAAAACAGAGCAUCGAAGGAUGAGGAGAAGAUGGAGCUGCAGGAGAUCCAGCUGAAGGAGGCCAAGCACAUCGCUGAGGAGGCUGACAGGAAAUACGAGGAGGUCGCCCGUAAGCUGGUCAUCAUUGAGAGUGAUCUGGAACGUACAGAGGAGCGUGCUGAGCUCUCUGAAGGCAAAUGUGCUGAACUUGAGGAAGAGUUGAAGACAGUCACAAACAACCUGAAGUCUCUUGAGGCUCAGGCAGAGAAGUACUCACAGAAGGAGGACAAGUACGAGGAGGAGAUCAAGGUUCUCACAGACAAGCUAAAGGAGGCUGAGACCCGUGCUGAGUUCGCUGAGAGGUCCGUGGCCAAGCUUGAGAAGACCAUUGAUGAUCUGGAGGAUGAGUUGUAUGCACAGAAGCUAAAGUACAAGGCCAUCAGCGAGGAGCUGGACCACGCCCUCAACGACAUGACCUCCAUGUAAUCUAUAACCUGCUUGUGUUUGCUUUUAAAUAGUUUACAUCAUCUCACAACCAUCACAGACGCCACCCGCUGGUUGAGAGGCCUCUCUCUACUACAACUAUGUGGCAGUAUCGCCCAACAUCCUGUCCCCUAUGUCUCCACGUCUCUUCUUUACCACAGCACCACCGCACAUUGGGCCUCUGCUGCUGCUGCCAUCCUAUAGACCACCUUUUGUACAGAACCCUGACUCAUUUUGCUUUCUGUCAAAUAAACUUUACAUCCAUCCAUGUCAGCCAUCCUUACCCUUCAAUUCUGUAGUUCUUAAUUUCCUUCAUUUCAUUUCCUGUCUUUAAAUGUUUCUCUGUUUUAAUUUAUUACUGAGCAGCUUUGAAUAAAAGCAAAAGCUCCUCUUCACAAACGUAUGUUUUUUGUUUUUGAUUUGAUUUUGGUUGGCACUAUGUACUAUGGUAGUAGUAUUAACAAAACAUGUGCUUACAUUUGGACAAAAGCACAUCCACCGAGCUUAUUCUUUUUUUUAAAGUAUACAUGUGUUUAUUGACAGGGAUAGGCAAGACCUUAAGAGGGAGAGAGAGCUAAAAAAGAUUGUGUAGAGGUGCGGUGGGACAGGGAUUUGAACCCACUGAGGCAGUGGAUUGUUUAAGUGCAGAGGGCUGCGGCCAUGACCUCUCUACCAACCUCAGGCAUGGUUUCAACUUCUUUAACCAGCCGAGUAAUUGACAUGGAUUGAUCAGAAACUGAAAAUGUACCUGUUUCAGCAUCCUCAGCAUUCCCGACGGUCACACUUUGCUUCAUGUUCAAAGCCAAAAGAUAAUAGUGACGUGUAACAUUGGGGAUAUUCUGUAAACAUAUAAUUCAGUCAUUUCACAGUCACACCAUCUCCACAUUGAGGUGAGGGAGCCAUUUCUUAGUUUGCAUAUAGAUGUGAUCAUUUAGGCAGAGGGUAGAAAACAAUGGUAUUUGUUGUGUGUGCUGUUGUAGCAUGACACAAGACUCUAUCUUUCUGUACUAACACUCUUUGUUCUCUCUAUUCUAUUUUCUCUUAACCUGCUUUCUGACUGCAAAGACCCUCUGUACCAGCAGCUUGAGAAAAAUCGUCUUCUUUCCAAUGAACUGAGAGUGGUGUUAAAUCAGGAUUAAACUAUUACUGGAUGUGUUGUGAAAGUAGCACUGUGCUCAAAUUGGAUGGAAAAAAUGAAAGGCCCUCUUCAAUUGUGGCACAAAAUUAAAAUACCUUUGUCUUGUCAUGUCAUUGGCCGUAGACAUUUGUCUGAUGCUGUGAUGGAAAUAUAGGCUAAUGUGUGUCUCUGACACAAACCUAAGAGUCAGGCAAAGACAAAAAAUAUAUACAUUGGAUAAUAUUUAUCGGGAAGAAAUAAUUGGACUUGUAGUUAAUGCGGAGCAUCAGAGAAAUUAAAUGCAUGUUCACAUUGCAGGUGAAGAGGGCAGGUUUCACAGACUCACAGAUGGAUUUAAGCGCGGGCCUAUUUUAGUUUAGUUAACCAACAUCUGGAAUUGUUAUUUCAUGAACAGCAAUUCGAUUUAGAUAACAUAAACUGGAUCACUAUCUCUGGGUCUGUGAAACUGACCCAUAAUGUAUGAUAAGGCUUGAUAUGUGUGUGCAUUAUAACAAUAUCUACUGACUGUGGUUGACUAAGGAUAUACACAGGGACCACCUUUUAAUGUUUUAACUAUAACAAUCUUCAUUCAAUAUUAUUGGGUCCGUGAAACUCUUGGUUAAGUCAUUUUCAUUGUGGUCAAAAAUUAUAGUCUGCAGGCUUCAUUUUUAUGUUGCACACAUAGUUUGUCACUAUCAGGCUAAUGAUGAGAUGAGAGAACUUUGGUAUGUGUCAAAUGUUGGAUCAGACACCCAUGGACCUCAAUAACAUGCAACAACAUGGUCCAUUAUCACACAAGACUGCACCGCUCACCUGCUGUGACCUGGUCCAGCAUUACACCAUGAUCACACCAACACUCACCUGCCGUUGCCAUGGAGGGCUCCUCCGUGCCCUCUUUGUGGAGAUCUCUGGGGCUUGACUGUUUUCUCAGCUCUCAGAGGGGCUGAGAAAACAAACACAAUGGACUUCAACUGGAUGUUAGCUAGACAGCAAAGCAGACAUAUGGCUGAGCAGUCACUUGACUCAUAUACCAUUUAUUUUUGGAUGUUAAAGGGAGAUUUAAUUGACAAAAUGUGCACGUGAUUUAUUCAAGCUAUUAUAAUGGACAGGAUUACUCUUGACCAAUUAAGCCAUAACCGAAGCCGAGGUUGAACAUUUGUACUUUUUUAUUCUGCUUUUGUAACUUGUUCUUUUAGUUAUAUAUUGUCCAUGUUUCUUUAUGUACAUGUUUCAUAUGUAUGUGCUGGUGCCUCAGUGAUAUAAGGUACUUAUAUUUCAAAGAAAGUAAGCAUGUGCAAUAUGUACACUGAUACAAUGUUUAGCGAGGCGGAAGGUGCAGUAUGUUCAUUUAAUCCCAAAUAGAUCGACCGAGAUCAUUUCAUGUCCAGUGUCACUGCCACGGGAAUGUGUUUUGUUGUCAAAUAGUAUACAUGUUUGAUUUGAUGGUGUCUCUUGUUCCUUUUAUUAUGUGAAUGUAAUAUAUAAAUAAAAACCCACAAUCACA